UGUAGCAUGUAGCACGCCCGCUGAGCAACUCUACACCUCCGUCUCGCGGACGGGCUAUUUAUUCCUUUGCCCUCCUCUUCCUCUUAAAAUCUCUCACUUGCCUUCUUCAUCUUCCUACAAAACCAAGCCAAUUCAAACCCUCGCGCUUUGUGUCUGAAUCGAAAUCUCCAGUCAGUCCAUACCUAGAAUAUCAUGGCUAUCAAGGUUGGUAUCAACGGUUUUGGCCGUAUCGGCCGUAUCGUCUUCCGCAACGCUAUCGAGCACCCGGAAAUCGAGGUCGUUGCCGUCAAUGACCCCUUCAUUGAGCCCAAGUAUGCCGAAUACAUGCUCAAGUACGACUCCACACACGGACUCUUCAAGGAAUCCGUCAGUGUUGAUGGCAAUGAUCUCAUCGUUGCCGGCAAGAAGGUCAAGUUCUACACUGAGCGCGACCCCGCUGCCAUCCCCUGGAAAGAUACCGGCGCCGAGUACGUUGUUGAGUCCACUGGUGUCUUCACCACCACCGACAAGGCCAAGGCUCACUUGACUGGUGGUGCCAAGAAGGUCAUCAUCUCCGCUCCUUCGGCUGAUGCCCCGAUGUACGUCAUGGGCGUGAACGAGAAGACCUACGAUGGCAAGGCCGAUGUCAUCUCUAACGCUUCUUGCACCACAAACUGCUUGGCUCCCCUCGCCAAAGUCAUUCACGACAAGUAUGGCAUCAUUGAGGGUCUCAUGACCACCGUCCACUCAUACACUGCCACCCAGAAGACGGUUGACGGUCCUUCCGGCAAGGACUGGCGAGGUGGCCGUGCUGCUGCUCAGAACAUCAUUCCUAGCAGCACUGGUGCCGCCAAGGCCGUCGGCAAGGUUAUCCCUGAGCUGAAUGGCAAGCUUACCGGCAUGUCUCUGCGUGUGCCUACUUCCAACGUCUCCGUUGUCGACUUGACUGCCCGUCUCGAGAAGGACGCCUCUUAUGACGACAUCAAGGCUACCAUCAAGGCUGCUGCCGAGGGUGAAUUGAAGGGAAUUCUCGCUUACACCGAGGACGAGGUUGUCUCCUCCGACAUGAUCGGCAACACCAACUCUUCCAUCUUCGAUGCCAAGGCUGGUAUCUCACUGAACAAGAACUUCGUCAAGCUUGUCUCUUGGUAUGACAACGAGUGGGGCUACAGCCGACGUGUGCUCGACCUCGUUGCCUACGUUGCAAAGGCUGACGCUGGCAAAUGAACUUCUAAAUUGUAAUGGGUUGAGAGAGUGGGCUGGUUUCUCAUGUGCCUCGCAGAUAUUUCCUUAUGAUGCUACUAUAGAGAUAAAACUAGUAAAUAUGGUCGUCGCUGGUUAAGGAGUCGGAUUGUGGAUUAAGAGGCGUUGACAAACGUAAAACAAGACUCCAAUAUGAAUUGAUGAUAA